GUGGAGAUAGGUGAGAGCGUGAGGGGGGAGGAUGUCUACAUCAUCCAGAGCGGCUGUGGAGAGAUCAACGACAACCUGAUGGAGCUCCUUAUCAUGAUCAAUGCCUGCAAAAUCGCGUCGUCCUCCAGGGUGACUGCAGUGAUCCCAUGUUUUCCAUAUGCCCGACAAGAUAAAAAGGACAAGAGCCGUGCUCCGAUCUCUGCAAAACUCGUGGCCAACAUGCUGUCGGUGGCUGGCGCGGACCACAUCAUCACCAUGGACCUGCACGCCUCCCAGAUCCAGGGCUUCUUCGACAUCCCCGUGGACAACCUGUACGCGGAGCCGGCCGUCCUGCAGUGGAUCCGCGAGAACAUCAGCGAGUGGAGGAACUGCAUCAUCGUCUCGCCCGAUGCGGGGGGCGCCAAGAGGGUCACAUCCAUCGCCGACAGGCUGAAUGUGGAGUUCGCCCUGAUCCACAAAGAGAGGAAGAAGGCCAACGAAGUGGACCGGAUGGUUCUGGUGGGCGACGUGAAGGACCGUGUGGCCAUCCUCGUGGACGACAUGGCGGACACGUGUGGCACCAUCUGCCACGCUGCAGACAAGCUACUCUCAGCUGGGGCCACCAAAGUUUAUGCCAUCCUGACCCAUGGGAUCUUCUCUGGGCCAGCCAUUUCCAGAAUAAACAAUGCUGCCUUCGAGGCUGUGGUUGUCACAAACACGAUUCCACAGGAGGACAAGAUGAGACACUGCUCCAAGAUUCAGGUGAUCGACAUUUCCAUGAUCUUGGCCGAGGCGAUCCGGAGGACUCACAACGGCGAGUCGGUGUCCUACCUAUUCAGCCACGUCCCCCUCUAAGUCCAGGCCGUGCAGCAUGGAGGGAGCCUGCUCUGGCUUCUGACACUUGUCUGGUUUUUUUUAGCUUUAGGACUCAGCAGUUAGGAGAUAAUGCAAAAGCAUCCGAUCUUUGUAUACUCGGGGAUCCAUCCCCCCCUUUCUGAAGCGCAAGACCAGUUAGUUCCAGUUUGCAGGGGAGGGCGGUGGUUGUUUUACCUGUCAGUGAACUGUCUUCAGUGAGAAAUGUUUUCGUCGUCUUCACUUACUUCGGUAGGUCACCUUUUCCUCUGUUCCGUCAUACUUUGAGGCCACAGCUUUCGGGUAUGGAAUUCCAUUGUGGAAGUUUGUAGUUUGUAGACUGCGGGGUUGCCAAAGGCGACUUCCGAUGAAAUCCUUCUGUGUAAAUAUAUAAUGAUAAUGCCUAUGGACAUUUGGGUAAAACCCUGUAGAAAAGUAGGCCUUUAUUUCCCAGCGAACCUGUGGGAAUUAUAAGACCAUAGAUUCUGAAUUUUGUUUUUAGUAACUGGGUUUCAAAUAAACCAUUUUGGUUAUGCUUAAUCUGGACCAAAUUUUACAUAGCUUGAGAUGGACGCGGACACAUUAAUUGUUUGGGUGCACGUUAGACAGGUGGGAGGCAAUACGAUUCAGUGUCUUUAAUUCUACUGUUAGAACUAUCACUUAACAGGCGAGGCCUUACCUCCAGAUUCCAAAAUUAUGUUCAGCGAGCCACAGAUCUGAUUUAGUGACCAUUUUGAGAUAGAAUCUCUGGCCUCCCGGUCACACAGGUGGUCUUGAGGUAUUAAGAACACAGUUCUUCGAGCCCAUCUCAGCGUCCUGUCACCUUCCUCUUUUACGUGUUUUUAGCUUUCGUUUUUACUUUGCAUUUUUCCAAUAAUUUCACGUGGCUUUCCACCGAAAUAAAGACUCUGAGUUCUCUCAGAUUUACUAUUCUGAUCGUUAUUUUGCUUUCAACAAAGUAAAAAGGUGAAUUUUUGUGAGUGCCACCAAAGGCAUAUUUAAACACUGCUGCAUUAUUUGAUUUCACAUUCUUUUGCCUUUUCUGAUCCAAAGUAGCGAGUUAUCGAAGCAACUGAUGACUCUAACUAAAACUGUUACAGGAAAGCUGUGUGCAAGCGUACACCUGGUUCCACUAAGAUAAUGUUCAUGUGGUCCCUGGUGUCCUGUAGACGGCCCUUGACAGCACCCUCCUGGUGAGAUGCCCUCACCUGGCACAGGGCAGGCGUUGAUUCUGUGGAUUUUCCUUUAUGCACGUGGGUCGACGGCCAACAGAAUUCUUCAGCCCAAAAGGAGAGAAUUCGCCUGCACAGAGCCGGGCGCUAAUACACCACGGUCUCUCCCUUCUGCUAAAUCUUAGAUCUGAAGUUUUAAAACUUAAAUUCUUCUACCGGUGAAAAACAAAUCUAAGUCACCAAGAAACUUGAAUAGCAAUCUUUCACGUUCACUGCAACGAAGGCUGAAGUGAAGAUAAGAAGUAUUUUUAGUUGCUGCAGAAACCUGCGAUUUUGCUGUACCUUCAAAUGGCUCUUGAGAAACAUGUCUACUGUAACUCGGUGGAGUCACAAAAGGACUUUAUCUAGAAAAGAGCUGGCUUGAGAUGUAGAAGGAGCCAAUUCAGAUGCUCUGUGACUUAUUUUUGAUAAAUAAUGGUAUCUGUUUCUUGGAAUUGUGAUGCUUAGGGAAACGCAAAUGUAGUUAGCAGCACGCAUGUGCACAGCUCAUGGCACGCGUUAACACCUAACACCUGGUGACGUCACGGUGCUCAUUCCUCUAAGAACUGCAACUAAGGCUGUGUAGAGUUAGCAUGGAAAUGAUCAUCUCGGAGAUAAAAGGUAAACAUGACUGUACCAAAGCUAAGCUUCCAACUUAAAUCUUGUUAGUCACUUUGCUGCAACUUUGUCAGCUAGAUUCAGGAAUAAAUCAUUUGCAGUGCUUAUGGGUUUAGAAGAUAAAAUUUUAAGAUCCUCCAAUGCUGUACUAAAACAUUUCAAUAAAAACCUUUCUCUCUCGUG